AUGGAUCCUCCUCCUGCGAUUCCUCAAUUUCUCGACCAAUACGAGAAUCCGUACUUUCUUCACAGCUCAGACCAUGCUGGCUUGAUACUCGUUUCCGAUCGUCUUCAAUCCGGCGCCAACUUCCAUUCUUGGCGACGCUCGGUGCGUAUGGCUCUCAAUGUACGUAACAAACUGGGAUUCAUCGACGGUACGAUUCCAAAACCACCUGAUAAUCAUAGAGAUGCUGGUUCUUGGUCCCGUAGUAAUGAUAUGGUCGCGACUUGGAUUAUGAAUUCCGUCAGUAAGAAAAUUGGUCAGAGCUUGCUGUUCAUGAGUACUGCGGAAUCGAUUUGGAAGAAUCUCUUGGCUAGAUUUAAGCAAGACGAUGCACCUAGAGUGUUUGAAAUUAAACAACGCUUAGGUAGUCUUCAACAGGGAUCCAUGGAUGUUAGUAGUUUCUAUACUGAGCUGAUGACUCUUUGGGAAGAGUAUAAGAACUAUAUUGAGCUCCCUGUAUGCACUUGUGGUCGAUGCGAGUGUAAUGUUGCUGGUUUAUGA